CAGGAAAGUUCCUGACCGAUGGGCCCCGCGCCGGUUUUCGGCUCGGCGUGGGCGGGGACACUUGCCCGCGGGGAGGGGGGCGCCCUGAAUCGACAACAUGGUGUCAAUUGGGAGAUAAACAUGGCGCGAUAGUGUGAGUACAUGUAGACGCAAGUCACCAAAAGGCGUUGGUUGACAUGUUUAAAGCUUCAAGUUCGCUCCCUUGAUUGUUCCAUAGCAUUCUGAAGCUGAGCAUAUCUAAAGUGCCCAAUUACGUUCAAAGAUAAAGAAGCCUGCAACCAACAACAUCUUCACGAAGUUGAAAGACAAUCGGAGCACUUAGAGUGGAUAGCUUAUAUCGCGACAAGAACAUUCCACUAUGACCAACAAUGUUGUUGUGCUCGGCGCUGGCGUCUCAGGCCUGACCGCCGCGCUGCUGCUAUCCAAGAGCAAAAGCAACUCCAUUACCGUAAUCUCCAAGCACAUGCCCGGCGACUAUGAUAUCGAGUACACCUCGCCGUGGGCUGGCGCCAACAUGCUGCCCAUGGCCCCAGAGUUUGACAGCAGAUGGGAGCGCAGGACGUGGCCUGAGCUGAACCGUCUCGCCGCCGAGGUCCCCGAGGCCGGCAUUCACUUCCAAAAGAGCCGCGUCUUCAGACGCAAGAAGGACAUCGAGGCCGGCGGCAACCCCUACGACGCGCUCUACGCCGUCGACCCGUGGUACCGCAACGUCCUCCCGGACUACCGGGAGCUCGCAAAGGACGAGCUGCCGCCCAACGCCUACUCCGGCUCCGAGUUCACCUCGGUCUGCAUCAACACGGCGCUCUACCUGCCCUACCUCGUAGGCCAGUGCCGCAAGAACGGCGUCGUCUUCAAGCGCGGCGACGUAGCCCACGUCAACGAGCUGACGGCGCUGCACCACUCGGGCAAGCCCGCCGACAUCAUCGUCAACAGCGCCGGGCUUCUGGCAUGCAAGCUGGGCGGUGUUGAAGACAAAAAGGUCAUCCCCGCGCGCGGGCAGGUUGUCGUCGUGCGCAACGAGGUCGAGCCGAUGGCCACCAUCUCCGGCACGGACGACGGGCCGACAGAGGUGUGUUACAUGAUGACGCGGGCGGCGGGCGGCGGGACGAUCCUGGGCGGGACGUACGACAAGGGCAACUGGGACGCCAACCCGGACCCCAACAUUGCGAUCCGCAUCAUGAAGCGGUGCGUCGAGCUGUGUCCCAGCUUGACGGGCGGCAAAGGCAUCGAGGCGCUGAGCAUCAUUCGCCACGGCGUCGGUCUGCGGCCGUACCGCGAAGGCGGGCUCCGACUCGAGAUUGACAAGACGACGUUGGCGGAUGGGACGCCGAUUGUGCACCACUAUGGCCAUGCUGGAUGGGGAUACCAGGGGUCCUAUGGCACGGCUGAGGGUGUUGUUGAGUUGGUGAACAAGAUCCGGGCGGAGAAGGGGGAGAAUCUGGCUGCUGAGCCCAAGCUCUUUUCCUGGGACCGGCCGAGCAAAUUGUAGGCUUUUUGCAUCUUGAAGUUGAAUUUGAGUUCUGAAGAAUGGUAAUUGGUCUAUAUGAAGCGAAUAAAGAAUUAGAAGAAACAGUAAGGUAAUAAGCGGUAAGCUGACAUUGAUAAACCAAAGCCAUCUGGCAAUGGAUGCCUCUUGCACCACAGUGUGG